CUGUCAUGGAGGAUGAAAGUAUUCAUUUUUAGGUCACCUGUUUGAGUGUAUUGUUUUUAUUGACUUCUUCAGGUAUUUAAAAAGCAAACGCGUGUGUUAAGAGGCUGGAAACAUGUCGUCGCCAAGAAAGGCAGGCACAACGGAUAAGAACGCAGAAAUUCUUGCUCCUCUAGAUUUCAGUUUUAUGACUUUAACAACUUGUUCAGAUGUUUUAGGUGAAGAGCCAAGGUUACAGUCUCCAAGGAAAAGCAAACCAAAGAAGUCAGAGUCCGGGAAAUACUUGUCUCACUGCCUUAGACUUAACAACAAUAACAUAGCAGACUUUGAAACACUGGAAGCCACUUUAGAAAAACUGGUAGAUGAUCCAUUAGAGUUACAGUGGCUAGAUUUGUCUUUUAAUGAGCUUACCAAGCUUGACCCUGUUUUAGGAAAAUACCCCAAUCUGCAGAUCCUGUAUUUACAUGGCAAUGGCAUAGCAGACUUGAAGGAGGUGGACAACCUGGCCACAUGUAGAAGUCUCAGGAAACUUACACUGCAUGGGAAUCCUAUUGAGAAUAUCAAAGGUUACAGAAGUCAUGUUUUAUCCAAGCUUCCAAACCUUGCUGACUUUGACUUCAGCCGCAUUACUAAAGCUGACCGAGCCACGGCAGACACGUACAGUAAGCUGUAUGGCUUGAACAAAAAGACCAAGAAAAAGAAGGAAGCAGAGGACUAGCUGUCAGUGGCAGUUUUAAUCUGCCUGUGAUUGACUGUUGUAUGAGAUAUUGGUGUUUACAUAACUGUCAUGUCAACUUGGCUUCCCAGUUUAUUCCACACUGGAUCUCAUUUUUUCUUUUUGUUAGGCAAGCAUUCCUCACCACCACCAGAAAAUUGAAAAAAAGUUUAGGGUGAGGAAUUAUCAAAUAUGCCAAAAACUUAAUUAACAAACAAAGUUUUAAAAAACUGUUCAUACAUACACCCUUGAAAAAUGUUAUAAAAUGCUGGCUGAUCUAUCUGAAAACUAGAAGAUAUUUUAAAAUUGGUAUGCUGUAUUUUAUGUGUAUACAGGUGGUAGAAACAAAAGAAGUAAACCAGUCUCUGCUUGGAAGCAUGGAUCUUUUCCCUGGAGUCGAUCUUAUUAAUGAAAUAUGUAUCUGGGGAAAUUAUAAGAAUUUUAAGUAAACAUUACCAUUUAGAUAUGAGAAAGUUGAUAAAAAAAAUUUGAAAUGUAUUUUCAUCAUUUUCCUGGCUAUCCCUGUUUCUUUAAGUUUGUGGUUAAGACUCUUGUGAAGUACACCUUUUUAUUGCAAACAACAUGAGACGGAUUUUGCACUCUGAAAUUUGAUAACAACACUUAAAUGUUUGAUGGAGAAGUGUAGCUCAUUUUUUAAUGUGCAAGUAUGUAACUUGUAAAUAUUUUGUUAGUUCAGGGUACAAACAGACAUGUAUAAUGUACAUUGUUAAAUGUGAAAUAGCCCUAGCCUGUUGUUUAUGAUUUAUGAUUACAUGUCUUUUCUGUACAUGUAGAACUAUUGUUAAUAUUAAGGUUUUAGAAUACUUUUAAUAAAGUCAGAAGAAC